AUGCCGAAACGGAAAGCUCCUACGAAAUUAUCUGGACUUACGGGCUCAGAUGAUGAAGACCUAAUGCAGGUGACGGGGAAUGGGAGCGCUCCUGCGCAAGAAUUGAUUGACGAACCUCCCGCCAAGAAACGACGAGGCCGACCGCGUACAUCGAACGACAAUGCGGCCGAAUCCCAGCCAACAGCCCAAGCCAAGAAACGAGAGUCGGCUACAGCUGCACAAACCGAGGCCCCCCAGGCUAAGAAGACUGGUCGGCGAGGACGGCCACGCGGCGGUAGUCGCACCUCUGAAGCCCCAGAGACACAAACGGAGGUGGAGGUCACGCAUGAAGCUGUCGAUGAACAAAAUCAUGAACAAGAAAACGAGGACCCCAAGGCAACGAAACCGACAAAGACAACCCGUGCAACGAGAGCUGCUAAGCCUGCGCCGACUCGUCGAACAGGCCGUGCGGCCAGCGCGGCAAAGCAAGUAGUCACAGAUGGCGGAUUUGAGUAUACACCCUCUGGUCCCAAACAAACUAUGGUUGAAGAGUCCAGAGAAGAACCGGAAACUAGCCCCCGUCCGCGCGCAGUUCAACGACGACAGAAGGAAGCGGAAGAGGCCGAGCCAGCUCAGAAUGAUGAACCUAUUGCAGAGGUUGUAGAUGAGUCUAUACUUCCCGACGAAGCACCCCCUGCUCGUCAUUUGCCUUCAUCCGCUGUGAAGAAUGCACGAUCCCGGCUGUCCACAAUGCGGAACACACUAGAAUCCUCUCCUCGUAAACGCAAGUCAGGCGAUGUCGAGCAAGGUGGAGAACCAGAGUUGAGACGUAAGAUUGGUGAACUCACCAAGAAGCAAGAAGCCCUGGAAUCCAAGUAUCGCAAUCUUCGCGAAAUUGGAGUCGUAGAGGCCAACACAAAUAUGGAGAAAUUGCGCAAACAGUGUGAGACUGUCACUACGGCUUCCAACGAGCUGGUCGCAUCUCUCAGGUCCGAGCUGGAAGCGCAGCGAGCUCUGGGACAACAGAGUCGAGCACUUCAGAAGCAACUGAAGGAACGGGAUACCGAAAUUGCCCGGCUUAAGUCGCAGGCAGAUGAGUCGCGUUCUCAACUUGCCGCCACCCAAACUGAGGUCAAGGCGUUGCAGACUAAGCUGGCUGCUGCGCGUAGUACAGCUGCAAGCUUGGAGAAGACCAAGAUCCCUGGAAGUGCUAUCAAGGGCGGCCCUGCAAACCGUGCAGUCGCGGCUGCCAACGCUGGAGCUGCGCAGGCGGCACAGAUUGCACAGCUCAAGGAAGAUCUAUAUAGCGACUUGACUGGCUUGAUCGUUCGUGGUGUUGUGGAUCGAGAAGCCGAUUAUUUGUAUGACUGUAUUCAGACGGGAGUCAACGGAACGUUACAUUUCAAGUUGGCCAUCCCCAAGGUGCCUAGUUCAGAGUAUGAAAAGGCAGUGUUUGAGUAUCUGCCUCUCUUGGACGCUAACCGUGAUCGAGACCUUGUUGAUAUUCUACCGGACUUUUUGAUUGAUCAUAUUACCUUCGAGCGUGAGCAGGCGCCGAAGUUCUAUACUCGGGUGAUUGAUGCUCUGACUAAACGGCGGUCCAGCACUGCAUCGCGUGCAUAG